CAACGAGAACGUAAAGCCCGCUCAGACGAAUGGACGUCGACGUGCGUUUGCGUUGGCUUGAAGCGAGAGUUGUCUCCUCUCUGAGGCCUCAGCCUGAUAACCUUAGGCAGCUCUUUGACGAGUCAGAAAGUCGAACCGUGUUUCUUGAUUUUUGCAACAAUGAAGAUGUGAGACGUGUCUUUGUUACCAAUAAUCACACGUACUUGUCUGUGUCUUCUACUGCGCCCUCUCAACUUGGAAAAAAGACAAUGGUGUUUGUGAAGUGCACCCAUGCUACUAAGCUAACGAAAGAAACGAUGAAUCGUGACGUUAUGUGCAUGGACUGCGGUGCCAAUCCUCUGAAGCAUCUUCAUUAUUUGACUAAAGAAAUUCUGUUGCCGUUGCACUUCGCCGAGGAUCAGCGAAAUGAGAACGGCGAGAAGCUGACGGAGAUCAUGCACAAACUCUUAGAAUCUGUUGAAACAAUGGAAGGACGAGCAGAGGGAAGGGUAGUCCUGUCAUUGUCAUUUGCUGUUAUGGAACGGUAUGGUCAGCUUUCAGACAAUACAAGGGAGGUUGCUGUUAUGGGAUGGAUGAAGCAGAUAAAGCGUGCAUUGAAGCUGGAUGUAGUUGCAGAAAUUUCGAAGAAUAGAAGACAUCCUUGUCCUCAAGCUGAGUAUGAUGUUUGGCUUGUAAGGCUUAACUUGUUGAAGGACCUUGUCAGUCAACUUGAGUCUUUGGAGAUACGUGAUGUAAUGGCUAGUCUGCAAGAAGCUUCUUCUUCUUAUGCACAGCCUUUUGAGCAGACACAGAAUGAUGUUUUAGUGGCAUUGACUGAAGCUCAAGACAAUGUCAAAUUCCUUGAGACACUGAAACCAUGGAUAGAGAGAUUGAUGCUUGCAUCAGAUUACAGUGAAAUAGUUGUUGUUUUUCCACCACUGCUAAACACUUUGUUUCUCAUGUGGCAACAUUCCAAAUAUUAUCAUAAUCCAAGCAACCUUGGGCGUCUCCUUCAUCUUAUUACUAAUCAAGUUAUUGAGAAAGCUCAGAAUGUGGCAGAUUGUGACUUGCUCCUGGAUCCGAAACAGGCUUAUACAAAAGUCAAUAUAGCUCUGAAUAUCUGUGCCAAGUUUCGAGGAUCGUAUCUUGAUCAAGCAGAGAAGGUUGAUAAACUGCACCCAGUGUACCGAAAACUUGUGGAAGAAGCUAAGGCGGCUGCUGCUUUAGCUGAAUCUUUUGGAUUGAGUCCAAACUAUUCUCAACAUCAUGUCAGUGCUACCUCAAUGUCUUUGCAAAUGAGUCAAGAGUACGUAUCUCCAGCUAGUCUUGCAUUUUGGAUUGACUCUCCUUGGCCAAAUAGAAAGUCUGAAAUGUUUUCUCGGCUGAAUGCAUUUACAGAAAGAUGCAACGAUGUACUCGACAUUGUUCAGACUGCACAGCAUUUCAAGCAAUUGGAGGUAAUAACAAAAUGUGGAGGGUUGGAAUUGGGUAGUCUAGAUGGUCUACUUGGAGAAGUUCAUGAGCGAUUUCUGGCAGAGAGGAACAAAAUGAAACCAUAUUUAGAAGUAAGCAUUUCUUUCUUUAAUGUUGAUGAUAUGUGCUCAAAUGCAAAGACUAGGUUCUCUAUAGGGCUUUUGCUUAUCAAUGGCAAGAAGAGCUCUGUUAUUGGAUUCAUUAAAAGUGUUAUGUCAUCACGUAAUCUUCCAGAAUUUUUAUUGAAUGAAAUUACGUUGUGGUGUCAGGAAAAUAUCAAUCAUCUCGGUGUUGUUUUGGAUAUGCUGGAUCGUGAUCAAGUGGCAGUGGAUGCCAGAAAACUGAAGUUCUUUGGAGCUAUUAACUCUGCUGUUGCAAGAAUGGGAGGUAGUUGCUUAAGCAACAGCACUUGGAAGAAAAUAGUAGAUCCUCAACUAUUUCCUAUUUUAUUGUUUGGUAGUCAGCUGUGGAACUUGGACAAAACGUCAACUGCUAAGUUUGGUACAUCUUUGUUCAGAGUGUUUAUGCAUCAUGUUGACAAUUUUAUGACAUUUCUUGCUGCCUAUGGUGCUGCCAUCAGAGAGAUACUGAUAGCUUUUGACAUCGAUGAACAAUCGGGAUUUGAACAGCAGUAUUUCUCGUUUCGUUUAGCUGUAAAAACAUUUGAUCAGCAACUUGCUUCUGUGUUGAAGGAAAGCUUAAUGUUAUGCCCAACAACAGGCAGUAAAAUGCGGGUACUACGAAUCUUCCAUGGGAUUAGUGGUCGGGAAGUUGUACUUGUUAGUCUUCACACAGAAUACUCAUGCCUUGUAGCAAGCAGUGUUACUGAGCUAGAACAUCUGGCAGAGACUUUUCACUUGAACACAGCAUGUUCACUGGCACGUCAUUUACCUCCAGCAUCUGGAAUGGUCAUGUGGCUGUCUGGAUUGAGGCAGAGAAUGUUAGAAGCAGUCGAACAAGUAGCAGCUGUAUCUUCUUCAUUGCUGGAAAAUGACAAUGGUAAAAGAUUAAGGCAGCUUCAAGCUGAAUUAUUGGAGAAAAUAGCCCAGUGUGAAACUCAUACAGUAGACAAAUGGGUACGUAACAUACCAUGUCAAUUAUUGAAAGACAAGCUAAAUGAACCAUUGUGGAAGAAAUCUUUUUCAUCAGGAAGCUCUAAUCAAUUUUGUCAGUUGGAAGUUAAUUUAGAUUCUCAUCUGUUGGUUGUUCUUCGAGAAGUAGAGUACUUUUCAGAUCUAUUACUUUCAGAAGACUUGGAGUCUCUUGUAACUGGUAUAAAUGCAUCACAGCUACAAGCAACUGCUGUAAAGCUUGAAGAAAUUGCAUAUAAAUACAACGAGAUUAUCACUGGAAUUACAGAAACUGAAGGGCAAUUAUUUGAAUCCAAGCUGUUCAAGAUAAAAAUGAUUGUUGAAAAUGGCACACAUAAUGUCACUUGGAUGAGUCCUGAUUUGGCAGACUUCAUUGAGGGCGCAAAUGCCUUGAUUUGCGCUGAUAUGCAUGUCAGUUUUAGUGCUGUAAAAUUUUGCAAGGAACAGAUGCAGAGUGUUAUCAGUACUUGGUCAGGUGAUGUAUUCUCAGAGCCUACAGCUGAAGGCCGGACAGUGUUCCCUCGAUCAAUCGAAACUAUUGAAGAUGAGCAUAAAGUGUACUUAAAAGGACGACAAGCUCUCAUAACUCAAUCUGGACAAAGAUUACACUUACUUGUAGACAAGUUGAUUCACUCGCUUCAAGUCAGCGAAGGAUCACAAGUGUGGCAGAAAUUUCUGCUUCAAAUGGACCAGCUAGUUGUAAAUGGUUUGAAGAAUACAGUGAUAGCUGCACUUCGUUCACUCUGGAAAGUGAUGAAUUUGUCAGAGGAUGAACAAGUGGAAGAUAAACCAAUCGUACCUUUUGUUGUUGUGUAUAUGAUUUUGGAAGGUAGUGAGCCACGGUUUGAUCCUGCCUUGCUUCAAGAUGGAUAUAAUACAAGUAUUCCUGAGAAAAUAGAUCAGUGGUUGGACUCAUUUCUUGAUCUAUCACACUUGGUUGCUCCUUUUAGUUGUCAAGUUGAUUAUUGUGAAUCUCUUGCACAUGACAAUGACAUUUGUACGUAUACUGACCAAAUUCGGUAUUUGUCAGAGAUAAUUGUGGAUCAGUGCAGAAGAUACAUCGAGGUGUUUGAACCUUAUCGCUUUCUUUGGAGUGAAGAUUUCAAGGAGUCAUUUAGAAAUUUUCUUCAUGGCUCUGUAAUGCAAGACCCAAGGCCGAUUUCUGGAGCUGAAGCAAUGAGGUCAAGGGCUUCUGUUCACUCAGCCAAAUCAUCUCACCCAAGCAUUCGACAGCAAUCUAGCCUGGAAUCAGCUGGAGUGCUUGGUUUAGCUGAGAAACAGUUCUUGCAAAAAGCAGUAACAACUUUUCAAUUGAAGGCAACAGAAUAUGAUGAGCAGAAGAUGCCAACCCUGGAUGACUUUGAAGCUAAGCUUUCUGAUUACCAGGGAGCAUAUGAUGCAAUAUCCUCUCAGUGUGAUGUUAUUGAUAUUGGUUGGGUGAGACUGGAUUUGCUGAAGUUGAAGCAAGUUUUAUGUGCAUAUGCAACCAAGAGUAUGGAUUUCUACAUUCAGUAUCUAAAGGAGCAGGUGAUUUCUAUGCUGAUUAAUCUUGAGUCUUUUAUGGAUUCUGUUGAGCCUAAAAUUGGCGCUAUUUCUGGAGAAGAAUCAGACACAUCAGCUGUCAUGCAAUGUAUGCGGCUCUUUAAUACAAUAAAGAUGCAGCAGGUGGAAGUGGAUACCAAGUUUGGAGCUAUGCAUCGAACAGUCUUGUUGCUGAAUAGACUUGGUCAUAUCCUGCCUGAUGAUAAAAAUCGUUUCUUUAUGUCAUGUCCUCGACGUUGGUCUAUUUUAAAGAAGAAAGUUACUCUUGCCAAGCAGAAAAUGAGACCUUGCAUUCAAGCUUUAUACAUGUCACAUAGUCAACACUUGGAAGACUUUGGUCAGUCAUGCCAACAGCUACAUGAAGACUUCUCUCGAUGUUCAGCAUUUGUUUCUGGUUUUGUCAUUGAAUAUACUGACAAAUCGAUUAGAGACUUUGACCACAAACUGAAGGCAAUAGAAUAUGAAGCUCAGGAUUUGAUGCAACUGCAAGAACUUCUUGAAACUACAGUGAUUGAUUUCAAUAUUAUAUUGCGAUUUAGGGAGGAGGUAGAACUCUUAAAGAAAAUCCACUCUGUUGUCAGAAAAGCUGAAAGGAGGCUUUCACCAUUCAAAAACAAGCCAUGGGAUAAACUAGAUGUUGAGGAUUUGAUCAGUGUGACGCACCAGCUUUUGUGUGACACUCAAUUGUUGCCAAAGCAGGCAUUCCAAUGGGACAUAUGUAUAGGCCUUGAAAAGUCACUCUUUGAUAUUCAGGCAGUUGUAACUUUGACUAAAUCUCUUCAGUCUGUACCCAUGCAACCAAGACACUGGAAACAGCUUACGCGAUUGACUAAAGCUUCAAUGGAAAUGAACUCUAAUACACUGUCAUGUCUGACUCUUGAAGCAAUACUUAGACUUAGAUUACAUGAGGCAUCUGACAGUGUACUUAGUGUUAUUGAGAGAGCAAAGAAAGACAUUGCUGUUAAAUCAGCUCUAGACACCUUUGAAGAGGUCUGGUUGAGUCGUUCAUUUUGCUUGGUGCCAUACCAACACCGUGCCAGUGACAAGGAACUUGACGUUGAUAUGCAUGGUGGAACAGUUGCAACUAGUGCAGUAUUACAUUCUCCAUCAAGGGGUCCAUCAGCAUCUGUAGCACAUAACCGUAGUUCUCGAAGACAAACAUUGAUGUCAUCAUGCAGCUCAUCAACAUCACAAUCAGUGAUCACUGGUGUUCACAGAGUGCUACAGUUAUCUGAUACACAGAACAUCUUUCAGACUCUAGAGUCACACGAGGUUCUAUUGCAAACUAUUCAGGGAAGUAAUGCUGCUGGGUCAUAUUCUGAAGAACUUGCCAAAUGGACAAAGUCACUUCAAACAAUUGAGACUGUACUUGGCGUUUGGGUAGAUUUUCAAAUCAAGUGGGCGGAAACAGAAGAGAUGUUUUCUUCAUCUGAUUCUGGAGUUUUGCCAGGUUAUGAUGUAUUCUCAUUUUCCACUGUUGAUAAAGAAUUUAAAAAGUUGAUGAUUGCAACAGCAAAGAACCCAAAUGUGUUGCAGUGUUGCUGCAAGGAUGGAAUAUUGUCCAAGCUUGAGAGAAUGAAGGGAAUAGUAAUGCAGUGCCGCCAAUCUUUGAUGAUCCUGGUAGAAAGGAAGCGCCAGCAUUUUCCAAGGUUUUACUUCAUUUCCCUAGAAGACAUUCUUCAUGUUCUGUCAUGUGUAUCUGAUCCCAUGCUUAUCAAUGCUCACAUUUUCAAGCUUUUUCCUAACAUUCGUUCCCUUGUCUUUAAAGACCAAGAUGAUGACAGUCAAUAUCAAUGUAAAAUUGUGGCUGUUUGUUCCUCUACUGAUUGCAUUGAUCUGGUUAAGAUGGUCAAUUGCGAUGGACCUAUUGAAAAAUGGCUAGCAAAGUUCCAUGAUGUCUUGCAAUCAACUUUAAAACAAGGCCUUGUGACUGCUGUGCAUAACCUAUCUUUAUUCAUGGCUGAUUCUCAGUUGAAUCAAGAAGGAAUGACAGUGUCACCAAUUGCUGAUUACUUGCAACAGCUGUCUUUGAUGUCUGAUAAGUUAAACAAUGAACUAGUUUUUCUGUCUGUUCAAAUUGAGUUGUCUAAACGGAUACGUUCAUGCAUACUGGACUUGGAGCAAGGAAAGCAGUCAUCUCUUGAAAUUUUGUUGCAAGAUCUUGGUGCAGGACUACAUAGUAUUAUUGGUGUUGUGAGACAAUUUCCAGAAAGGUUUGAAAGAGGGAGACAUAGCUUUGUUUCUGGUGAUGUUACCCAGUUGGAGCAAGUAUCAAAUGAGGCAGCAACAACACCAUCUCAUUCACAUGACAAACAGGAUGAAGGGAACACAAACAGGGUAGAACCAAAUUUGCUUGAAUACUAUCGAUAUCACAGAAUUCAGAGUCUUAUUUUGAUACUGAAUUAUUACCAACAUGUUGUUCAAGAUCUUAUUGAGUCUGAGUCUCCACCAGUUGUCACUGGUCAUUGUGUUGAGUACUCGUUUAAUUCAGAUGACACGAGACUUUCUCUGCAUGUGGGUGGUUAUGAGCUUGAAUAUGGUUAUGAAUUCCAAAGUGGAACAAGAAGGUUUGUCAUUUGCUCUUCCACGGAGAGGCAGUUUGUCCAUUUGGCUGCUACAGCAAGCAGUGGAGUGAGCAGUCUGUGCUUUGGAAGUGAGGGUGCAGGCAAGUCAGACACUAUUAGGGAAUUGGCUCAACUUUGUGGUCGUGCUAUCUUUAUGGUCAGUUGUGUUGGAUCUCUUAGGCAUUUCUGUGUAGAAGAUGUUUUAAAGGGCAUGGCUACUACUGGGGCUUGGCUUUGCUUUGAAUCGAUUGACAAACUUCAACUCCCUGUCAUGUCCCUAGCAUGCCAGAUGCUGGAGACUGUCUCAACUGCUUUGGUUAACAAGCAGUCUACUGUAAUGAUUCAGAAAAGUGAAACUAAACUGGUUUCUGGAUGUGCUUGCUUUGCUACAGUGACAAGUACCUCUCUUGCUUCUAACAUCGCAAAAGAUUUACGCACAUACUUUAGGACAAUUGAGUUUGCAACUCCACAGGUGAAACUAAUAGCUGAGGCUUUGUUUUUAAAAGAGGGCUUUUAUCAUGGACCAAUGCUAGCUUCGAAGUUAACAUACCUAUGUCAUCUUAGCCAAGAGAUAUUAGUUCAAGCUGGUAUGUUUUAUCUCAGUAAAACUGUGUCAAAGCUAAGUGCCAUUGGAAUAGAAACUGUCAAGCAUGUAAUAUUACAAGCUUCAAUUGUUAGAGAAGCUCUGGCUUUGUCAACGCCAAAGCCAACUUACGAACAUGCAGGUGAAGAUGGUGAAACCAAAUUUAUAGUUCACGACGGUUCUCGUGUAUUUCAAAGCAGUGAGUGUGAAAGGUUGCCAAUAGUCAAAGAGCAGACAGAUGAAGCAAUUCUGGAGGAAGCACAGUUAAUUACAACAGGUGGUGUUGCAGGUGAUGUUGAAGAACAAGCUGUAGUUGUUGCUCUACGUGAUCUCAUUCUGCCUCAACUGUCUGGUGAUGAUCAUAAACUGUUUGUAACGUUCUUAUCUGAAAUCUUUCCAUCUGCUGGUAUUUCGAGAAUUUUAGAUGUAGAGUGGCAGGCACAGUCAACUUUGAUCAGACAGGAAAUGCAUUCACCAACUGCACGGUCAAGAGCUAACACUGCUUGCUCAGAAGACGUUUAUGUCUCAAGCAGUGCAGUGACAAUUGCUUCUGCGAUUGCAAAACUAGGACUACAAUCUAAUGGUCCUCUUCAAAGAAAGGUAGCACAACUUGGUCAACUGUUGAACACAUAUCACACGGUAAUUAUUGUAGGUCCACCCGGUUGUGGCAAAACUUGUUCAAUUAAAGUACUAGCUGCCGUAUUUUAUCAAAUGGGUCAUUCUGUGCAGCAACAAGUCAUCGCUGCAAGAGCUGUUGAGUCUUCAGCUCUCUUUGGCCACUGGGAUGGACAACAAGGUGUUUGGAACGAUGGUCUAUUAUUGUCUGUGUUGAGGAAAGCUGCUCAGCAACCUAAUUACAAAGAAGAUUCUCUUAGCUUGUCAAAGUCAAUCAUGAAGUGGAUAUUAUUGGACGGACAGUUGGACGACUUACAAAUGGACACCUUCACAUCUUUGCUAGGAAGUUCAAGGACUCUUAUUGCAGUCAACAAUGAGAGCAUCUAUUUACCAGAGACUGUUAAAAUAUUAUGGGAACUAUCACAGUUUUAUGUCAGUGUUGCUGUGCAUUCUCGGCUAUUUGUAAGUGGCACUGCACAUGCUCCUUUGCCUGACACUUGCAAGUGCUGUUUGCCGACACUCGCAGUCGCUGCUGUUAUUGUCAGCAAUCUUGAAAAUGCUUGUAAUAAGUCAUGUAAAGAGUUAUCUACAGUUUUCAUUCCAAAAGCUGCCCUGGUUAGCACACCAGUCUUCACUGAUUCACCCUCAGAUCAUUAA